AUGAUGAACUCGGCGACAGGCGGCGCGAACGGCCUGCCCGCGCUUCCUCCGCGGAACGGCGUCAGGGGCGGGCCGUCGUCGCGAUCGGCCAAGAAUGAAUCGUCGAACGGCAGGGCAAUCAACAACGAACCCGCUUCAACGACUGCGGACGUGGAGAGCGGCGAGAAGGAGGCGAAGGAGAUCAACCUGGAGGAGAUGCACGACAAGGCGAGGACGUACUUCUCCCUCAUGGCUGACGACGUGAACGGGCCGAUCUACAACGGCGGCGCCAUGCACGGGCACGGACACGGCGCGCCCGGCGCCAACAAAGGCCCGACCAUCCCCGACGUCGUCACGCGCUUCCAGGCGGUCACGCAAAGGUUCCCCGCCCUCCGCAAGCUCAUCGCCAAAUCCACCGCGUUACAGGAGCUCCUCGCCACCCCGGGUGCGCUGCGAAAGUUCCUCCUCGCGGCGACGAACGGGGGCAGGGGCGUCGACGCCAUGAUCCUCGCCGGCGGCCAGCGGGGAGGAGAGGAUUGGCGCGACAUCGUCGAGCGAGCGGGAACCAACUCGUGGGAGGAGCUCCAAGCGAUGGUGGAGGCUCGCGAUGAGAUGGAGAUGUUCGCGAAGGGGCCCACGUGGACGCCGGGCAGCGCCCCGCUCCCGCCGGAGCCCGACGAGUUUGAAUCGCAACAAUACCUCGCGGAGGCUGCCGGCGAGAGCAAGAUGGAGCGAUCGGUGAUGACCACCUACUUCAGCGCGUACGGCCAGAACUCCGAUGUCUUGGCCCCGUUCAUCAUAUUCGGCGUCGGGGCGUUCAUGGCGAUGUACGCCCCGGUGUAUCUCUGGCUGCCCGCGUGGUUCGCGGUCAUCGGUCUCGCGUUGCAGGCGGCGAGGGCCAGCGCUCAACUGCCGGGAUCUCGGCAGGGACCGAAGAACCUCUUCGGCGCCGCGAUGGUCCACGCGCUGAUCGUGUACUGCGGCCUUCAGUUCGCGCUCGUGUACGUGCCGGCGCAGUGGUCGACGCACGCGGGUUGGUGCGUCGUCGGCCUGGUCUCGUUCAUCACCACCCCCGCGCUUCUCAUCCGCACGUAUUACCUGGGACCCGGGUUCGUGCCCCUCGCCACCGACGGGCGGGAUCAGUGGGUCGGGAACAUGCGACGCGUCUCCCGCGCGGCGGUGGCGGAGAAGGCGUUGAAGAGGGAGAGGGAGGCGUCGUCCGCCGCGGGCGUCGCCGCGUCGGAGGCGGACACGCGCAAGUACGAACACGACUUUGCGGUGACGUUUCCGCAGGAGGUUGUCGACGACCUCGUCAACUCUGGCAAGUUUUGUAACACGUGCCACAGCGCUCGGCCGCUGCGUUCGAAGCACUGUCCCGUGUGCAACAGGUGCGUGCAUCGCAUGGAUCAUCACUGCCCGAUCGCGGGCACGUGCAUCGGCGUGAGGAACCAGAGGCACUUUCUCGGCGGCUUGUGGGACAUGUUCGUCGGGCAGUGCGUCUUUGUGUGGUUUUCGUACCUGCACCUCGCGGCUACGUACGAAGCGGGCGGAGUCGCCAUGAGGGACACCACGCUCGAGGGUGACUCGGUAUCCACGGUGUCCACGGGCGGUCCGGUGACGAAAACCUUCCACGUCCUGAGGCACGCGCCGUGGGCGGUCAUACUGUACGUCAUCCAGUGCUUCUGCGCGAUUUACUGCCUGGUGCUCGCGGGCCGGAUGACGCUGGCGGUGAUUGCCAACCUCACCGUCAACGAGAUGGAAAACUCCCACCGGUACGAGCACUUCCACUCGGAGGACGGCACCAAAUUCUUCAACAGGUUCGACCGAGGGUGGCACAACAACUGCAUCGAGUUUUGGCGCGGGCACCAGGAGCGGAUAGACUGGGACGCCAUGAAGAUCGCCGUCGACAGGGGAGACGCCGCUCCACCGCCGAGGGGUUCGUACUCUUGGUUCCAAAACUCGCGCGCGCCGCGCUGGCUGAAGCGCGCGUGUCAGAUCGCCAAGCCGCCGGGUAUCGGGUCCAAGGCCACCCGGGGAGGAGGAGGAGGCCACGGGCACUCCCACGGGGGCGUACCGUGCGAGCACGGCCACGGCGCCCCCGGACCCGACACAUCUUCGCCAGCCAUCUUCGCCGCCGGCAACCUCACCAAGGGCCUACCCGCCGCCGCCGCCGCCGCCGCCGCCGCCGCCGCCGCCGCCGAUCACGCGCACCACGGCCACGGUCACUCGCACGGGGGCGUCUCCUGCGACGGCGACCACGGCGGAGGCGACCCGCUUCCAGUUUCGGGCGCGGCGACGGCGGUUGCCGCGGCGGCGGCGGCGGCGGCGGCGGGGCCCGCGGCGGCUGUCGGAACCGUCGUCGCCGCCGCCGCCGCCGCGUCGAACGCCUCCGACGCCCACCGCGGCCACUCUCACGCCCAUGGCGAGGGCGCGGGGCAUUCGCACGGCGGAUCUGCGGAGGUAUCUGGAGGUAUCCAGAAGUCUCCGGAGGAUGGGUCCGGACUACCCGAGAGCGCGCCGCCCGCGUCUCUCGAGGAGCUUCAGGCGGAGGCCAAGGCGGCGAUGGCCGCCGCGAUGGCCAAGCAGGCUGAGCACCACGGAUGCACCGUGGAGGAGCUCGAGCGCCGCGGUGAGGAGCAGAAGAAGCGCAUGUUCGAGAUGCAGGCCCAGUCGCGGGGUAUGACGGUUGAGGAGUUUCAGAAGAUGGCCGAGGACCAGAUGGCGCAGAGGAUGAAGCAGAUGGCGGACGCCAACGGGAUCACGGUCGAGGAGGUGAAGGCGCGCCAGGAGCUGCAGCAGGCUGCGAUGAUGCAGCAGCAGCUCAGGCUCGCGGAGAUGCGCAAGCAGCACUUUCAGAACGGUGCGGGGGAAGGAGACGGCGAGGGGGGCGAGGAGGCGCGGGAGGAGGAGCGGGAUCCGCUGAAAGAUUUGACGGACGACGAGGUCAAGGCCAAGGCUGAGGCUGCGCUGGACGAGGUCAUGGCCGCGCAGGGUAAGAUGAUGGGCAAGACGAUGGAGGAGAUGAAGAAGCAGAACGACUUCAUGAAGGAGCAGCAGAAGGCUCAGAUGGCCAAGAUGAACGGGCUGUCCGUCGAGCAGAUGGAGGAGAUGCAGGAUAAGCAACUCGCUCAGAUGGCGAAGCAGAACGGGAUGAGCGUGGACCGGAUGAAGCACGUGAUGAUGCUGCAACAGGCGCAGCAGGCGCAGAUGAGGAUCGCGAUGAUGGCGAGGAUGAACCAGGAGGGGGGGCAGCCCGGACACGGGCCAGGCCACGGACACUCGCACUAG